AACAGGUGUGGAGGCAAAAUUUAUGGACUUGUAUUGGCCUGUUGUUCUAUUACCCUUGCUUUCUUCCUAUAAAUACAUUGCUCUCGGCCCAUCUCCCACAAGCACCUCUCUCUCUCUCUCUCUCUCUCUCUCUCUCUCUCUCUCUCUCUUUCUCAAUGGGUGCACUCGAUCACCUCUCGGAUAUGUGCAGUGUUACAGAGACAAAGAGAACACUGCAAAUAAGGAAAAGGAGACCGCUACAGACUGUUGAUCUGAAGGUGAAAAUGGACUGCGAUGGCUGUGAAAGGAGAGUGAAGCAUGCUGUUAGCUCAAUAAGAGGUGUGACGAACGUGAACGUGAACCGAAAGCAAAGCAGGGUGACGGUCACCGGCCACAUCGAGGCAAAGCAAGUCUUGGAGAGGAUCAAGAGCACGGGAAAGAGAGCAGAGCUUUGGCCCUACGUCCCCUACAACCUGGUCGCGUAUCCCUACGUCGCCGGAGCCUACGACAAGAAGGCCCCUUCUGGUUUUGUCCGAAACGCGGCUCAGGCGGUCCCCAACCCCAACGCACCGGAAGAGCAGUACAUGUCGCUCUUCAGCGACGAUAACCCAAAUGCAUGUAGCAUCAUGUGACUCAACUUGCGCAUGGCUGUGAGUGAGCUAAUAAGAAGGGGAAUUAUCUACCGAUUUCUCAGCAAAAGGUUUUCGUGCUUCCUAAGCCUUUCGUGUACUGCUACAUGUAUAUAUGUGAAGUCUGUGGAGUAGUAACAGCACAAAUUCCAGCAGUAUCAAUCUGUCAGACUUCGAGCCAAGGAUGAGCAGAUGACCGUGUUCUUGUUUGCCAAUGCAUGUUCAAAACAGAAAGCAAUCGAUUAGUUGUCACUUAAAGAAGAAAAAAAGAGAUGUGAAACAUGUAGAAGAUUAUUGCGAAGAACAGCCAUGAUUCGCCAUUGGCAAGUGCCAUCCAACAAGGAAGUGAACGGAGUGAGAACUUUCCAGUAGGAACAAUCAUUGGAUCACAAUGUCAAGGUAGACAAUAAUAUAGUAGGACACUGAUUGCAAGAGCAGAAGAAGAAACUUUGCACAAAGUCAUGGGCCCCUUUCCAAUCCCCAAUGGUCAUCUGGCACCAGCAUGUCACAUUGCUGCAACCGCAUCAUCCUCCCAUUGUUCUUCUUGUCCACAUACACUCCUUUCCAGCUCGGUGAAUCUUCUCUCCCUCUAGUGUCUCCAAGAACUACAUGCGCAGGCUUUGUCUGAACAUGGAGCUUGCUGGUGUUUCCAUGUAGGUGUCAACAACUAAUUGUAAUGAUGGGACUAGAGGUAAGGACACAGGAAAGACAACAAUGAUGUAAAGCCUUGAAGCUAGCAAUGAUCAAGAAGAGACAGCUGCAAUGCUCGAGCAACAUUGUCCAUUUCAAAUCAGCAGCUGCAGCUCAAACUCACAUGUGCUGGCAGUGGAUAUAAGCACCAAACACAUGGAAAGUAUAUGAAACAAUAGAUUUUGUUUGUCGUUUGACA